AGUCACACUGAACGGACUUCUCGGGAGAAAAGUGGAGGCUGUUGUUUUUCUCUGGAUAAAUUACAGUCAAUUUCUAUCGUUUAAAAGUCAAGGAGAUUCAAAGAAGAAAAAUCUUAAAGAAAAUUGUGUUCAGAAUCUCAAGCAAUUGAGAAAAAAAUCAUUUACUUUUAUAUUUUCUGACUUGUAAAGAUUAUUUCACAAAUUUCUCUUUGAUUUUGUAUCGGCUUUUAAGGACAAUAUUCUAAAGGAAUUUCUCCUCUCAUGAAUGACUGAAUUUUCAAAGGGAUUUUCCAUCUGAACAGACAAAAGGGGGUUUGAGAAAAAAAUGUGAAACUGUGAAAAAUACCAAGACACUUGAAGAAAAUCUAAAGAAUUUUUCCUCUAUCUGACCCUUAAAAAAAAGAAUAAAAGAAAAAGUUGUAUGUUGAAUAAAUUGAUGUGAAAGUGAUCCAGCAAACUAUCCUUAAGAUUGUGCUGCUAAAGUUCUGUUGUAUCAGUGAAUAGUUUUAAGUCUAAAAAAAUGCAUUUAGCAUAGUGUGAUAACAUUGUUAAACGCACAUUUUAUUAAGAUAAAAAAAACAUCGAAGAAAAAGCGCGAAAGAAGGGCAUUUAAAACCAGGAUUGGGGAAAACAAGAAAAUAAAGGAAGGAAAACGAGGAGAAAAUUGCAGCAGAUGUUGAUGAAGCUUUUUAUCACCAUCUACAGCUUUUCUUUUUGUGUGAAAUAAAUCGAAAAUAUUGCUGUUUUGCGAGGGUAUCGUCUUGUCGUAUUUUUUUCCUUCCUCUCUCACGCAAAAAAGAAAAUAAAUAAAAUAAAAUAAGAAAAUAACCGCACCUCGGAAAAAGUAAACGGAAAAGUCAGUUGGUGAUAAGGAGUGACUUUUAUAUGAAAUAAUUUUCCGGAUGAUGGUGUUUCUAAGGCGGCAGGAAAAUGAUAUCGUCCUGACCGUGACGGCGGAAGCCACAGCUGAGAGGAAGCGAAAGCCAGUGCUCGAGGAGAGGGUGGAGUCACCUGAAAGUAGAGGCUGAAACUCAUGGAAUAGUGCUUUUUCAUGUGCGGGUUUGAGGAAGAACUGAGGAAAUUGAUGGUAAUCGAAUAAUUUAUUAAACGCAAUCCAAGGAAAUGAGAUGAAGUUGCUGCAAGGGGUGAUCCUCAUGAUUCUAACAAUCCUAUCAGUGUGCGCCGGAAAUCCAGAUGCCAAGCGCCUGUACGACGAUCUUUUGAGUAAUUAUAAUAAAUUGGUGCGACCCGUGGUGAAUGUGACGGACGCCCUUACAGUACAAAUCAAGCUGAAAUUGUCUCAAUUGAUUGAUGUGAAUCUCAAGAAUCAGAUUAUGACGACAAAUCUUUGGGUGGAGCAGACUUGGUAUGACUACAAGCUCAAGUGGGAGCCAAGAGAAUACGGUGGCGUCGAGAUGCUCCAUGUGCCAUCGGAUCACAUUUGGCGACCUGACAUUGUGCUGUAUAACAAUGCGGAUGGAAAUUUCGAGGUAACUCUGGCCACAAAAGCCACACUCAACUACACGGGGCGUGUGGAGUGGCGACCACCAGCUAUCUACAAGAGUUCCUGCGAAAUCGAUGUGGAGUACUUUCCGUUUGACGAACAAACUUGUGUUAUGAAAUUCGGCAGUUGGACCUACGAUGGCUUUCAGGUCGAUUUGCGUCACAUUGACGAAUCCAAUGGCACAAAUGUGGUAGAAGUUGGAAUUGAUCUAACAGAGUUCUAUACAUCAGUCGAAUGGGAUAUUUUGGAAGUUCCUGCAAUUCGGAAUGAAAAAUUCUACACGUGCUGCGAUGAACCGUACCUAGAUAUAACUUUUAACAUAACAAUGAGACGCAAGACGCUCUUUUACACCGUAAACCUCAUAAUUCCAUGUAUGGGGAUUAGUUUCUUAACGAUUUUAGUAUUUUAUCUGCCAUCAGAUAGCGGGGAAAAGGUAUCAUUAAGCAUAUCUAUCCUACUUUCACUCACUGUGUUCUUCCUGCUGUUGGCGGAAAUUAUUCCACCAACCUCCCUUGUUGUGCCACUCCUGGGGAAAUUUGUCCUCUUCACAAUGAUUCUCGACACAUUCAGUAUAUGCGUCACGGUUCUUGUGCUGAAUGUUCACUUCCGAUCACCACAGACUCAUACAAUGGCCCCAUGGGUUCGGACAGUUUUCAUCAAUCAUCUGCCUAAGCUGCUGGUCAUGCGACGUCCUCUCUAUCCAUAUGACCAUCGACUGCACUCCCAUCGGUACAUGGUGAGAACGUGCAAUGGGCUGGAACUGAGGGACCCCAUUCCGCCAUUGCCACCAUCUGUGGCACUAACGAACUUCGAUCCCAGCCUCUUGUUGGAUCACCAUCUGCUGGACUCAAGUGAUCCACUGGGUCUGGGUUCGUGCAAGCUUCAUGGAGACUCAGGACCCUGUUCCCCACGUCGACACCAUCAUCAUCGCCAUCUGCUGGAUGAGCUGCCACUCACCUUCCAGACGGAUCUGCUGGACGGAUCGACAGAGCCUCUAUCCAUUGCUACACUGACACCAUCACGGCGUCAUCAGCACGUGUCCACAGUGGAUACCGUACUAUCACCUAAUCUGCCACCGCCACCACCGCCUACAAUAGCGGCUGGUGUCGCUUCACAAACCACUGCCACGGACCCAAGCGCACCCUGUAGCUCCGGCACCGCUGACGUACCACCGGCGCCAGGGACCAGCCACUCUCGACGCCAUCGGUGGCAUACCUGCCCAGAACUACACAAGGCCAUGGACGGCGUUACGUACAUCGCCGACCACACCAAAAAGGAAGAGGAGAGUACGAGGGUAAAGGAGGACUGGAAGUUUGUGGCCAUGGUGCUGGACAGACUCUUCCUCUGGAUCUUUACGAUAGCUGUCGUCGUGGGCACAGCCGGGAUCAUCCUCCAGGCGCCAACACUGUACGACACUCGCGUGCCCAUCGACAUCAAAAUGUCCGAAAUUGCAACGACCACCGCAAAGCCUCAUAUCGCGCGACCCGUCUUAUAAGCGAGUAAGAGGCGUAGCACCGCGGACACGUAAGUUAGAUAACAAUUUAUUUGACGACAUUACACUCACGAAUAAUAAUGGGAGAAAUAAUAUAGCCUCCCAGGCGAAAUUUUUCCAACACACAAAUGCCAGAGAAUUGUCAGGAAAUUCAUAUGGGACGAUUUCCACUAGAUAAAAAAGAAGUUCUUCGUUUAAAGAGAAAAGCUAAGGAGACAAAAAAAAGAAAA